UUUUUUAAUCAGCCUGAUGGGACUAUAAAAAGAGUGUGUGAGAAUGCUCUGUUUGAUCCGACUGUAAACACCAACAGGUGGUCAACCCUCCAGGAGACGUCCAAAAUGAAAACCAUUCAUCUCGCUGUUCUUGUCCUGGCCGUCUGUUUCAGCUGUGCUGAGGCCCUUAAGUGCUACCGAUGCACCCCACCAGUGUUUGGGGGAGGAUGCAUCGACAUCCCGGUAGAGUGCUAUGAAUAUCACGAAUUCUGUGUCACAGUUCUCAUGGAGAACAUCCUGUUCCCCAAAUUGAAGGCGUGUGCAACACAAUCAGACGUUGAAAGAUGGCAGUCGAAUCCAACCAACAACGUCUAUGUUUGUGACUAUGAUCUCUGCAACUGAGACAAAGAUGAUGCCAUCAUCUGCAUAAAAAAGCAAUCAUA